AACACAAGCAGGGGGAGUGGGAGAGGGAGAAGCAGGCUUCCCGCGGAGCAGGGAGCCCAAUGUGAGGCUCGAUCCCAGGACCCUGGAUCACGACCUGAGCUGAAGGCAGCCGCUUAAUUGACUGAGCCACCCAGGAACCCCUGGAAAUUGUGUUUUAAAAAGCAGUUAGUGACACCCAGAGCCAGUGUGGUGAGGACCAUGUUGCUUCCAAACAUCCUGCUCACUGGUACACCAGGGGUUGGAAAAACCACGCUAGGCAAAGAACUUGCAUCAAGAUCAGGACUGAAAUACAUUAAUGUGGGUGAUAUAGCUCAAGAAGGGCAGUUAUAUGAUGGCUAUGAUGAAGAGUAUGAAUGCCCCAUUUUAGAUGAAGACAGAGUAGUUGAUGAAUUAGAAAACCAAAUGAGCGAAGGUGGAGUUGUUGUUGAUUACCAUGGUUGUAAUUUCUUCCCUGAACGCUGGUUUUAUAUAGUUUUUGUGCUGCAAGCAGAUGACAGUGUAUUGUACAAAAGACUUGAAACAAGGGGUUAUAAUGAAAAGAAACUAAAAGACAAUAUUCACUGUGAAAUUUUUCAAGUUCUUUAUGAAGAAGCAUUAGCACCCUACAAGGAAGAAGUAGUACCUCAACUGCCCAGCAGUAAAUCAGAAGAUCUAGAGGAGAAUAUCAAUCAGAUAUUGAAGUGGAUUGAGCAGUGGAUCAAGGAUCAUAGCUCCUGGCUUACAAGACUGGCCACUUUACAACCACUCUUGUUAUAUCCCUGCCAUAAUGAAUAAAUUGUCCAGUUAUCAGUAAAACUUUCUUAUUAAGAUUGUGCUGCAGGACUAGUAGAUGGAUAAUCUAAAGGUUUAUGUUUGGGCUUUUUUUCUCCAUGAGAAAGGAGAACAUUCUCAAGUAUAGUAUAUAUAAUAUCAUUAAGGAUUUAGAGUAAAAACUGUCAUCUUAAAUGCUUCAACUGCUGAAGAAUAAAUAAAUCUGACCAAAUGGGUGGCUAUCUUCUAAGCUGGUUACAAGAAAAUGAAGAUGAUCCCUUAAAAUAAAACUUAAGACUAAGGAUAAAGGGGUGCCUGGGUGGCUCAGUCGGUUAGGCAGCUGCCUUCGGCUCAGGUUAUGAUCCCAGGGUCCUAGGAUUGAGGCCCGCAUCAGGCUCCCUGCUCAGUGGAGAGCCUGCUUC